CGCGUCCGUGCGCGCGGCCUCCUGCGUCUUGGUCUCGCUCGCGGCUCGGCGCUGAGCGGCGGCGGCCGGCGGGAUGGAGAGAAGCAGGAUGAACCUGCGGAAGGGGCCGGACACGCUGUGCUUCGACAAGGACGAGUUCAUGAAGGAAGAUUUUGACGUCGAUCACUUCGUGUCGGACUGCAGGAAGCGGGUCCAGUUGGAAGAGCUGAGGGAUGACCUGGAACUCUACUACAAGCUGCUCAAAACGGCCAUGGUGGAGCUCAUCAACAAGGACUAUGCAGACUUCGUCAACCUUUCCACAAACCUGGUUGGCAUGGACAAAGCCCUCAACCAGCUCUCUGUGCCUCUGGGACAGUUACGAGAAGAGGUCCUGAGUCUUAGAUCGUCUGUCAGUGAAGGAAUUCGGGCAGUAGAUGAACGAAUGUCUAAACAAGAGGACAUUAGGAGGAAAAAGAUGUGUGUAUUGAGGCUUAUACAAGUUAUUCGAUCAGUUGAGAAAAUUGAAAAAAUCUUAAACUCUCCAAGUUCUAAAGACACAUCUGCACUAGAAGCAAGCAGCCCUCUUUUGACUGGACAGAUUUUAGAGAGAAUUGCCACUGAAUUUAACCAGUUACAGUUUCAUGCUGUUCAAAGCAAAGGCAUGCCUCUUUUGGACAAAGUAAGACCAAGCAGUUCCACCAGAGCUUGCUGUCUCACCACGUUCUCACAGCGUAUCGCCGGCAUCACAGCCACGCUGCAGCGCUCGCUGGAAGGGCUCCUGCUGGAAGGCCUGCGCACCUCCGACGUGGACAUCGUCCGGCACUGCCUGCGCACCUACGCCACCAUCGACAAGACGCGAGACGCAGAGGCCUUAGUGGGCCAGGUGCUCGUGAAGCCGUACGUGGACGAGGUGAUUGUAGAGCGCUUUGUCGAGGCCCAUCCCAAUGGCCUCCAGAUCAUGUACACGAAACUGCUGGAGUUUGUUCCUCACCAUUGCCGCCUUCUUCGGGAAGUCACGGGAGGCGCCAUCUCGAGUGAGAAGGGCAGUGCUGUUCCUGGAUAUGACUUUUUGGUGAAUUCCGUCUGGCCAGAAAUAGUACAAGGACUGGAAGAAAAGCUGCCCUCGCUCUUUAACCCUGGCAACCCCGACGCGUUUCAUGAGAAAUACACCGUAAGUAUGGAUUUUGUGAGAAGAUUUGAACGACAGUGUGGAUCACAGGCCAGUGUACAGAGAUUAAGAGCACAUCCUGCCUAUCAUAGCUUCAAUAAUAAGUGGAACUUGCCUGUUUAUUUUCAAAUAAGGUUUAGAGAAAUAGCGGGAUCCUUAGAAGCGGCACUUACAGAUGUGCUGGAGGACGCUCCAGCUGAGAGUCCGUAUUGCCUUUUGGCUUCUCACAGAACGUGGAGCAGCCUCAGGAGGUGCUGGUCGGACGAGCUGUUCGUGCCCUCGCUGGCGCACCGCCUGUGGAGGCUCACGCUGCAGGUCCUGGCCCGCUUCUCCGUGUUCGUCGGCGAGCUUUUACUCAGGCCCGUUUCCAAUGAAAGUGCCAGGGAGAGCAAAAAGCCUCAGGUGACUGGCAACAGAGACCCUUCCCUUACCCAAGGAAACGCCGAAGACCCUGGCCGCGGGCUCUCGGAAGCAAAGCCCGUGGCUUCCAUUUCCAGCACUCGACUCGUACACGUGUUCGCAGACCUGGACAGGAUGCAGGAGCAGCUCCCAGAACUCUUGGAAACAAUCAGAGCAAAACUUGAAAUGAUUGACUUUAGGAAUUUUUCUUCUAUCUCAGCUGCCCUGGAGGACUCCCAGCGCUCCUUGUCGGCCUGCAUGCCGGCUGUGAGUAGCAAGAUCAUCCAGGAGCUGAGCGAGUCCUGCUUCAGUUACCUGAAGGGAGCCCUCGAGGUGCCCAGACUGUAUCGCAGAACCAACAAGGAGGUCCCAACCUCAGCGUCCUCCUACGUGGACAGCGCCCUAAAGCCCCUGCACCAGCUACAGCGUGAACACAAGGACAAGCUCAAGCAGGAAGUCCUCCAGCAGUGGCUGCAAGGAGCGCUCUCGGAGAGCACCCAUAAGUACUACGAGACUGUGUCGGAUGUGCUGAGCUCCGUGAAGAAGAUGGAAGAGAGCCUGAAAAGGUUGAAGCAAGCCAGGAAAGCCAACCCCAACCCCGUGGGCCCCAGUGGUGGCAUGAGUGACGACGACAAGAUCCGGCUGCAGCUGGCCCUGGACGUGGGGCACCUGGGAGAGGAGAUACAGAGGAUGGGCCUGCACACAGGCGACGUCAGGAGCUUCCCGGCGCUGGCAGAGCUUGUCCUCGCUGCCAAGGACCAGGCAACGGCAGAGCAGCCCUGAGCAUCUUGGCAGAGCCCGUGGGAAGGGGAGGCCGUGCUCUGCGCGCCGCAGCCACGGAGAGGUGCUCCCAGCGUCCCGCCCAUGACACUGCUCCCUGCGCGCCUCUCAGCGUCUUUGGGUCGUCUUUGCCCAAAAGGACACAAAAGCCUUUUCCAUUGUAUGGAAAAUAGUUUUUAAGACAUUUGACACUUUCUACUAUAGUUUACAGAACAAAUUAUUUUAUUUUUAUUGUAAAUCUUAGUGUGGAAGAGCCGAUUUCUAAAAUUCUAUUAAAGUGACUGUCUGUAUGAGUA